UCUGAGUGUAUUUAAGGAGAAGUCGCCCCACAUCCUGGAGCCGUGUGACUCUCGGCACUGCACACCGCACACUGCUGCGCCAAAAACACCCGCUGCACCUCCAUCCUGCGCGGCUCCGGACGGACGGCGGUGAGGAUGCGGACUUCUCUGGUCGUGUGCUUCUGCGUGUUUGCGCUGCAGUGUUUCCAGAGCAUGCUUGGUGCUCCGGUGCGCGGAGCCGGCAGGUACAAAGCGGCACCGGCCUCUGAGAAGUCCCCGGACCUGAAGAAGAGGGGGAAGGCUCCUCACCCUCAGGGUUCGGUGAAGGAGGCGAGUCCGUCCACCAACACUUCCAGCACAUGGAACCGGCCACGCUGUGGCGUACCGGACUUCCCCAACCAGAAGGAGCUGCAGUACCGAGGUCGACACCGCCAGAGACGCUUCGUUCUGCAUGGAGGACGUUUUGACAAGAAGGAUCUCACCUACAAGAUCGAACGCUUCCCCUGGCAGAUGGACGAGGAGAGGGUGCGGCGUGUGAUCCGGGAGGCGGUGAAGAUCUGGAGCGACGUCACACCGCUCACUUUCACCGAGGUCCGCAGAGGGAUUGCCGACAUCCGGAUCGACUUUUCCAGCUACUGGCAUGGAGACAACCUCCCGUUUGACGGCCCAGGCGGGAUUCUAGCUCACGCUUUCUUCCCGAAAACGCAUCGGCAGGGCGACAUUCACUUCGACUACGACGAGUCCUGGACUCUGGGGAACUACAUGGGUACAGACCUUCUGCAGGUCGCCGCCCAUGAGUUCGGGCACGUCCUGGGCCUGCAGCACUCGCGUAAGCCCAAAACCGUCAUGUCCGCGUACUACUCCUUCUCCUACCCACUGAGGCUGAGCGAAGACGACAAGCUGGGCAUCCAGUACCUGUACGGAGCUAAACCACAGGUCCUGCCCCCACCGCCAACCCCGGCUCCAAGGGCUCUGGUCCCCAAAACAGAGACCAACGAACUUAAUCCUGACGCCUGUCAGACGGACUUUGACGCCGUGUCGAUGAUCCGAGGGGAGCUGUUCUUCUUUAAGUCAGGCUACGUUUGGAGGAUCAGGGAUCCUGGAGGAUCGGCGCGUCUGGAGAGCGGGUAUCCGGCGCUGGCCUCCCGACACUGGAAAGGGAUCCCGACGAAGAUCGACGCCGCCUUUGAGGACAAGUCAGGGAACAUUUGGUUCUUUCAAGAUGAUAACUACUGGGUGUUUGACGCUGAGAUGCACAUCAGGGGCCCCGAGUCCAUCAGGAGUUUAGGAUUGUCCACAUCCAGCAUCCAGGCUGCCCUUCGCUGGGGUCACGACCCCAACUACAACAUCUACUUCUUCAAGUCCGGUAGCUACUGGAGGUUCAGUCCCCGUGAGAACCGGGUCGAGUCGCCCCAACCGCGCAGCAUGCAGUACUGGACCGGCAUCCCCGAGGAUGUUGACGCUGCCUUCAGGGACACCCACGGCUUUGCUCAUUUUAUCCGAGGACGUCAGUACUGGAAGUUCGAUCCUGUCGGCAUGAACUCGUUGGAAGGUUACCCCCGUUACGUCGGCAUGGAUUUCUUUGGGUGCAGGAACGAGUGAGUCUGUGAAGAUUCGCCAACCCUGAUUCCUUUGACGCGAAGAGAAGUUAAUGGAAUAAAAACUGCAGACUCAUGGGGACGAGAUGAUUUUUACACCUGUUUAUGCUUCACUGCAUUUAUUGACACUCAGAUCAAUUUAUGCCUUCUUCUCAGGAAAAAAACCCCACCUUCCCUCAGAUCUGGCACCUCCUGUGCAGCUCUACUCGUAUUUAUUUUUGCACAUUUUUGUGUCACCAUGAGCCCAAGACCCUGGAUUCAGUCUCGCCUGAGCCAGAAACUGUUUAAUGAACUGUUGUUCUCUGUGUGGUCAGUGUUGGAUGUUUCAGUUUGUGUUUUCAUCAACAACGCACCUCAGAGUGUUUGAAGAGUGACAUCAGACUCAUAGCGGCGGUCAGUGAAGGGUUUAACUCUAGGAGUCAGUCAGCAAGUAGAUGCAGAGUCGUUUCCAGUCAGAUUUCACUGUUUUUCAAUCAGAACCAAGAAAAUGGGCUUUAUACUAGAUUUGGACGCCUUAAAAAUGAGUCACAGCAAGAAGGUUUUGUAAGGUCCUGCUAUGUUCUUUGCAGAGUCUUAUUGAGAUCUUUGUCAGAUUUUGUUGAUGUCUCUGAAGGGUCAUUUAUGAUCUGUGCAGUGUUGCAAAGGCCUUUGCAGAGUCUUGACGUCAACUGUGCAAUGUUGAGGUCAUUGCACGGUUAUUGAAAGUUUGCAGUCUGCAACAAGCUAUCUGAAGUUUGACUCCAGCUAGCUUGAGUCUAAAAUUUAGCAUCAGUUCUAAACCAGGCUCCAGUUUAUUUUUUUCAGUUAGUUAUUCUUUGAUUUAAUUAGCUAAGUUGCUUUAACGGUUGACAUUUUCAUCCAGGUUUAAGCAAAGCAUCUAAAACAUUACCAUUUCAAUUUUAUUCUCGGAUGCUGUUUUAGUUUUUUCCUGCCUGAUAUCAAAACAUCCCAGAGAAAAGCAGACGGUUACUUCAGGUCUAACCAUGGAGCCGUUGCACCUCUGAUUUCUAUGUUUUCACGGGAACUCUGUGUGGCUUUGCUUGGACCGCCUCAACUGAUUUUCACCUCUCUCUGUAGAAGUUCCUAUGUUCUGUUGUUGUGAUUCAUGGUUUCCAAAAACAGGAAAACAGAUCAAGUUGCAUUUAAUCAACUCCUGAGGUUCGGUGUUUCCCCUUCAAGACACAAAUAUGCAAAAAAUCUGGUCCUGGAUGCAAAAACCAGAGUAAAUAUUUAUUUCUCUAAGGGUUUGUUACACUUUUCUUACAUCUUUGCUGAUUGAGAAACAGGCAUUUGAUUCAUUUUUCAAGUUUGGAUGUGAAUUGAACAACAGAGGAGUGACUUUGUUUGGUUUUACCACAGUUCCUCAUCUAGUUAUCUUCCUAUUUGAACUGGAAUUUUUUUCUCUUUUAAAUUUAAAAUGAGAAGAAAAGUUGAUUCUGCUGCAGCUGCUUGUGUCUGAUUUCACUCUUCUCACUUCAUGGUCGCAGAAGAAGCUGCAGUGCGCCAUCUCGGCGCCGGAACGGAGCCUGAUGACGUCACUGCACAUCGAUCAAAUGGUGCUCUGUGUUUUCUGUUAGUCAGUGAUGCGUUCAGGGACCGCAGCGGUUCUCCACCACUGGGCGAAUUAGUGGUAAACUUGUUCUGGUAAACUGAAAAUGAAAAACAUGUAAAAACUUAAAAUUUUAAAAUAAUAUUCUCCUGAAUCCAACUGGAGAAAUUCAGAUUUUAACAUUAUUUUGAAAGUCAGAAUGAAUUUUCUUUUAACUGUUAGCUGUUUAUUUUUCCUGUGUAAAAUAUUGAGACGUUUACUUUUAAUUUACUAUUGUAGCCUCAGGUUUUCUUCAUUGGUAAAAAAAAAUCACUUAAUCGGGUUUUACAUUUUAUUUUAUGGUUCUCAAAAUAAAAGCAGCAAAUGUUUGAUUGACUAAGAAGAAAAGUUUAUUUGAAAUUUGUUAUUUUAACUUUUCAGUCCCUGCAGAGGUCAUCCCUGCUCUAAUCACAGUGGUGAUAAGUUUACUGAGUGGCAGAAAGACAAUCAAUUUUGGGAAAAUGUUAAUAGUUACAAAAGAAAGCAAAAAAAAAUCGCUGGAUAAAUUUUUUAUAAAAGCCAAUGUUUGUAUGAAUUAAUUUGCUUACAUGUUUCUACUCAAGUUAUUUUUUUAUGACGAAGUCACAUUAUGUUUUAGACUCAAACGUUCAGCAUUGUGACUCCAUCCAUGCAGCAUCCUAUGAUCUAUAUAGGGACAAAAUUAGUAUUUUAUCAAUAAUUGAAUCUCUUAGUAGUUUUUUUUUUUAUGAAUUUAUCUGAAUUCAGGCACAGGAGUAAAAAAGCAGUCCUUGAGCUUUACAUCAAGCUAUAAUGUUAUUUGCUGACCAGAAACAAACCUGGACUGUUGCCUUCAUUCUUUCAUGCAUGUUUGUGAAAUCCUUUAAAACACUUGGGUGAACAUAGCCACGCCUUUGAGGUGCAGCUCCUCCUCAGAGCUGCGGUUUCCAAGUUUUCAAGCGUCUGCCUCAACCCAGCUCCUUCAGACUAGCCACCAGCAAUUAGCAAAUUAUUAGCUGAGCUCAUUAAAGGAGCUGCUUCUCGGUGAAACGCUGGUUGAUAAAGGGUUAAUAGAGGAGCCAUGUUGUGAUCAGAAAGAGCAGGAGUUUCUUAAAAAGACAGAGACCCAAUUUCAAGAUGCUAAAUUACUAAAUCAAAUCUCUUUUAAGUCAUAUUUGAUAUAAUUUGCAUUUUUAUAACAACUGUAACAUAGUUACUUGAUUAUGUCAUAAAAUGGCCGAAAAAUAUGUAAUACUUCUUUAAAGACUUAAAAAGUUUCAGGGAAAGUCAGGCUUGAAGGAAAAUACGAGGAAAACUCAGCUGGAUUAAAACUUUUGCACAGAUUGCUGAACUCCUGGUGAAUAAUCUCGGAUUGCAGCCUUUUUGGAGAACCGCUGCUCCUCAGCUUUGCAUCUUUUCUUGCUGCAGCACUUGAACUUUGAAGUUUCGGCCCAGACCGUUGUGUUCAUCGUCGUUCUCCUCAGUGCAGGACGCUGACGAGUCGUUUCUGUUUUUAUCGUUCAGACUUUGCUGUUUUCCUCACAAUCUGCUGUGUUUGACUCAGUUGAUCUCAUUUAUCAGACUUAUUCCAACAUGUUUAUGCACAAACAGCAAAGCUUUUUGUACAUACAUGUUUAAAUUCUGUAUAUUUAACCAAAUGUAGGCUAUAACCUGUAAAAAUGUAGGAACUAUGUAUGUUUUUCCUGUUUUGUUUUUUAUUACUUUGAAUAAAUCUUUUACCUUUUGUCUAACAACAGA